GCAUUGGAUUCCAAGCCCUGUCAUUUUUAAUUAUUCUGUGGUGGUUAGCUUUUUUGGUGUGUAGAGAGGAAAAUAGGUUGAAAAGAUAUAAAAUUUCCAAAUUUUAGUGGUAUCCAUACAGUUUGAAAUGGUUAAAAGAAAACCUGCUGCAUUAAUAGAUAGUGACUCCAGUAACGACUCUGAAAGUGAUCUAGAUUCAGAAUUUCUUAAACUCUCAAAAAACAAAAAGAAAAAAUCACCACCACCUCAGUCAUCAGACUCAGGUUCAGAAUCAGACAAUUCUUCAAAAAAUGUCAAGAAAAAAGCCAAACGUGAUUCCUCUUCAGAUUCUGAACAAGAGGAAGCUAAAAAACAAGAUGAUGCUGACAAAUCAGAGCCAGAAGAAGGUGAAGUUUCUGAUUCUUCAAGUUCUGAAGAGGAGUUUAAUGAUGGUUAUGAUGAUCAGUUGAUGGGAGAUGAAGAAGAUAGGGCAAGAUUGGCUGCAUUAACUGAAAAGGAACGUGAAACAGAAAUUUUUAAAAGAAUUGAACAAAGAGAAUUAAUGAAAACGAGGUUUGAGAUAGAAAAAAAACUGAGACAGGCGAAAAAGGCCGAACGUGCCAAGGACAAACCAUCGAAACCGAAGGAAAAAGAUAAGGAUAAAGAAGUUGUCAACAAUCAUAAAGUACAGAAUGAUUUUAUUCCUAUCGAUCACAAAGAACGAAGUAAAGAGAGGAAAAAGAACAUAGAAGAAAAUAGGGGAAAAACUGAGAACAAAAGAUUUAAUGCCAUGGCGGAAUUGAAAGCGAGAAGGGAGGGUAAAAUAAAGAGGGAGGAAGCGGAAGAAGAGAGAAAGAAAAAGGAGGAGCAAAAAAAGAAAGACGAAGAAGAAGAAAUUAUGAGUAAGAAAAAUGAAACAAAGUUAAAGGCUUCUGAUAUUUAUUCAGACGACAGUGAUUCAGAUAAUGAUGACGACGAAAAAUCUUCAUCCUCACCACAAAGGCCCACAAUAGCAGAUUCUGUUAGAUCCAGAUCACGCUCUAGGUCCAGAUCAAAGUCAUCAUCUAGUUCAAGUUCCAGUGAUAACGAAGAGGAGGAGGAUGACCGAAAGUCAGCUUAUAUUCCCUCCAAAAGCGAUCUCAACUUAGUGAGACUGUCGAGACACAAAUUGGAAAGGUUUGUCCACAUGCCCUUUUUCGACAGAAUUGCGAAAGGCUGUUUCGUUAGGGUUGGAAUCGGCCAACACAAUAAUGCACCUGUUUAUAGAGUGGCAGAAGUAAUUGGAGUAUAUGAAACAGCCAAGAUAUAUAAUCUAGGAAAUACAAAAACAAAUAAGGGAUUGAAAGUGAGACACGGUACCCAGGAAAGAGUUUUCCGGUUAGAAUUCAUCUCAAAUCAAGAGUUCACAGAAGGGGAAUAUCAGAAGUGGAUAGAAGCAAGUACAGCUGCAAGUAACGAGUUACCAUCAAAGGGGAAGAUCGAACAGAAACAGGCUGAUAUUAAAGAAGCGAUUAGUUACGAAUUUAACGAACAAGACGUAGAACGAAUAAUUCAAGAAAAGUCCCGUUUCAAGCCAAACCCUUUCAACUACGCUAUGAAGAAGACUCAGCUAAUGAAAGAAAGGGAUGGAGCUCUAAGCAGAGGCGAUGAAGACGUUGCGAGGGAAUUAGCUCAGAAGCUAUCCGACUUGGAAGAAAGAGCUUCAGAAUUAGACAAAUUACGUACUUCAACCAUUUCCAGUAUCUCUUACAUAAACGAUAGAAAUAGGAAAAAGAAUGUAGAAGAAGCCGAAAAGGCUAUUAUGGAGGAAGUUAGGGCAAAUAAAGGCAAAAAAGCUGAUGAUCCCUUCACCAGACGAUCGACCAAACCUAGGAUGAACUUCAAAGCAGGAGAAAAGGAGGCACGUGCCCUCAAGGAAGCUGAAAUUGCAAAAUUGGCAGCCGAACGCAAAAAGAAUGAAAAAAUAGAAGUUCUCGAAACCAAAAAAUCCGCUCAACCUGCUCAAGUUUCUCAGGAUGACUUGUUUUCUGCCCAUGACUUUGAUAUUAAAAUUGAUCUUGAAGUACCUCUGGCCGCUACACCAGUAAACGUGGUUCCUAAGACAAUGACGAAAGAUUUAGCUCCUAAAAGAAGCUUAAAUCUUCAAGACUACAAAAAGAAACGGGGCCUUAUUUAAUAUUUGUUUCAUAUCGGACCAGGGACUUUAGUAUUUAAUUAUUCCUCUUGCAACCAUCAACCUCUCAAAUCUCUAAAGACAAUUUUGAAGCCAGUGGUAUUAAACGAAUAUUUUUGUUAAACCAUUUAGUGUGUAAUUUUAACUAUUUAUUAUUUUAGUGUCUGAUAUGGCGGCCUCUAUACAUAUAUUAAGUUAGAUUGUAUAUAUUAGGAAAAUGUGGCCCAUGAAGUACAGUAUCUUGAAUAAACUACUUUUUAUACA